GGUACCUCCCCUUGUUUUAAAAAAGAUUUGAAGAUGGCGACCAGUUCAGAACGCAGUCCUCCUCCUUUCCCCGACUCAGAGGACCAGGAGCUACUGGAGUCUGAAGAAGUCGGAGCCCCUGACAGCGAUGAUGAUGAUGAAGGAGAAGACCUUUUCGUAAGCGCUAUCAACCCAGAACAACUGACCAAAAUGGACACUACGCUACCAGAAAUUGAUCAGCCCAGUGCUAUUUCAGCUGAACCACCCAGUGAAGCCAUGGGUGAUCCCUUGGUUGAGCCUGUUAGCCAUACAGAAGACAAACCAGCAAGUGAAGCUGUCAGUGAAUCCCUCGAUGAUUUUGUUGACCUAACAAACAAUGAAACCGAUGCUCCAGGUGAUGCGAUCACAGCUGAAAUUGCCAUUACAGAUGCAACAAAAGAAACAACUGAAAUCGCUUUAGAUGAACCCUCUGAUGAUUUUGUUGACUUGUUGGGAAAUGAAACUGAAGUGGCACGUGAGGAAGUAGUGACAGAGGAUGUUACUGUUGAAGCAGUGCCAGAUAGUAGUGAAGCGGUUGGCAGCAUCACAGAUCCACCAAGUGAUGACAGAACGGGAAGUGAUGCUGAACAGGAAGUAAAAGAAGCUUCCAGUUGUCCAAUCAUCGACACCAGCAUUGAUUCAUCAGCCAGUAACACACAGCAGCCGCCUGUCAGCGAAAAAAUUGCCGACCCGUUGGUUGACCUCAUCAGUGAUGCUCCACCUGCUGAUGUGAAGAAACCCAGCCAGCCACUGACCGACCUGUUUGAAGAUGAGCCAAGUGACUUGUUCAGGGAACCCCAGCUGACUAAAUCUGCUAAGCAGCCACAGAAAAGCCUCUUCGAUGAACCCGAUGAGGAUAUCUUCGGUGAACCACUGGGUGCCACCUCAAAGAAAACCUUAAAUGUUGCUGGCGUUGAGCAGAAGGAAAAAAAUGUCACAACCAAAAGUGGCGGUAGUGAUGUUAGUGGUAUAGGCGGGCCUUUGAAUGACAACUUCCAUCCUGAACCUACUGAUAUUUUCACUGAGGAAGCUGUCACCACCGUGCCCAGUGUCGUCAGCACCAGCAGUGUCACCUCCAAGACCAAUGGAGUCCACUCUGAAGAAGAGGCCGAUAUAUUUGCUGAAGCCACGGUGGAGCUUUCUCUAGACAGUCCGCGGAAUGACAGAAAAAAGAAUGUGAUGACCAAACCGGCUGCAUCCGCUCCCUCCCUGUCAGUGGCCGCCAGUCUGUCCAAGCCACAGUCCGCUACGCUGGAGGAGCUGGAAGAAGAAGAACAGGAGGACAAAUUUGACAUCAAUAUCUCUAUCACUAAUCCCGAAAAAAUAGGGGAUGGCAUGAAUGCAUACAUGGCCUACAAAGUGUCCACACAGACCACACUGCCCAUGUUCCGCAGCAAGGCGUUCACGGUGAGGCGGCGCUUCAGUGACUUCCUCGGCCUCUACGAGAAGCUCUCUGAAAAACAUGGACCAAAUGGGUACAUUGUGCCUCCUCCACCAGAGAAGAGCAUCCUGGGCAUGACGAAGGUGAAGGUGGGAAAGGAAGAUCCCUCCUCUGCAGAGUUUGUCGAGAGACGAAGAGCGGCUUUGGAGAGGUAUCUCCAGAGGGUGGUGUGUCACCCAUCACUUCUUCAAGACCCCGAUGUCAGAGAGUUUCUGGAGAGAGAUGAGUUACCAAGGGCAGUGAACACCCAGGCUCUGAGCGGUGCCGGCUUCCUGAAAAUGAUUAACAAAGCAACAGAUGCUGUCAGUAAAAUGACCAUCAAAAUGAAUGAGUCAGAUGUGUGGUUUGAGGAGAAACUGCAGGAGGUGGAGUCUGCAGACCAACAAUUCAGGAAGAUCCACGGACUGGUCGACUCCCUGGUUGGCCACAGGAAAGAGUUAUCACUGAACACAGCGGGCUUUGCUAAGAGCGUGGCCAUGCUGGGCAGUUCGGAGGACAACACCGCCCUCUCCCGUGCGCUGUCCCAGCUGGCAGAGGUGGAGGACAAGAUGGAGCAGUUACACCAGGAGCAGGCCUCAAACGACUCCUUCUGCUUUGCAGAACUCCUCGCAGACUACAUACGCCUGCUGGGUGCCGUGAGGGGGUCAUUUGAUCAGCGGAUGAAGGCGUGGCAACGCUGGCAGGAUGCACAGUCAAUGCUGCAGAAGAAGCGGGAGACGGAGGCCAAGCUGCUGUGGGCCAACAAGCCCGACAAGCUCCAGCUGGCCAAAGAUGAGAUCACUGAGUGGGAGGCUAAGGUGACGCAGUAUGAGAGAGACUUCGACAGGGUAUCUGCCACUGUGCGCAAGGAAGUCCUUCGCUUUGAGAAAGAGAAGGCCCGGGAUUUCAAAAAGCAAAUCAUCAAGUACUUGGAGUCCAUGCUGCAGUCCCAGCAACAGCUGAUAAAGUACUGGGAGGCAUUCUUACCCGAAGCAAAAGCAAUCGCCUAAUCUUCAUGCAGACGGCUUUUGGGAGGACAAAAGAGGCUGCCUUUUCUUAUACACUUUACCUCUUGCCUUUAAACCAAGGAAAACAUGUGCAUUGUAAAGGGAGAAGAGAUACAAUCAACCUGUUUUUUAAUCACCUUUAACCUAUAGCUCUGUACUCUAUUGUAUUAAUAAUUGUAUAUUUUCAUUUAACCUUACACAAAUAUUUUCUUAUUAGAUGAAAAGGUUUGCAUAUACAAAGAUAUGGAUCACACACAAGAAGUGAAAGUGUAGUGAGCGAUUCCAUGAAUUUCAACAAGGGAAGGGAAAGUGAAAAACAAGCCGUUGUUCUCAGGAUGUGGUCACACACGUUAUCAGGAGCUCCUUCACAUCAGCAUCGUUGACUGUUUACAGCAGGGCUGCUCUCUCAUCACUCAAAUUCUUCUGGGGACCCAGAUGACGGAAGUAGCCGAUUUCAAAUUGAACAGAGUCUCGUUCUGUGUUGCAUCUUCUUAGUGAUGCAAAGGGAUAUGAUAACAUUUGGAAUUCAGAAAUCUUAGCACUUCCAGACGUAUAAAUACUUAACUACCAGCCUGUUUUUUGUUGUUGUUUUUUUUUUUUUGUUUGUUUUAUUUUUUAGUUUGACAAUACUAUUGAUGCUGAGGGGAAGGGUGCAGGGUAAACAGAGGCAUUAUAUUGGCAGGGUCUACAGUUGCGGUUAGGGGUUGCAUUAUAGGUCAAGCUUUUGGGUGUUGUUUUAGAUUUCUGUCGUAGAAACAUUAGCUACACAUACUACUAUUACAUGUCUGUGCCUUUUUAAAUCUGAACGGUAUUUGCCUUGUGAUGUCAUUUAAAAUCUAAUUUGGGAGAACCCAGCUUAAAACUCGAAGUAAGAGAGUUUUAAGUCAGCUGUUUUCUUGGCAGAGCUGAGGCACGGUCGCACUUAACUGCCACAACACCUGAAAUAAGUGAGACUGUCAGUGCUGAUGGUAAAAUGAAAAAAAAAAAAAAAAAAGUAAGGUAUUGGGACUGGACUGGUAAGGUCGACUCAGGCAUUAGAUUUGAGUAAAAUGGUUAAUGCACUGACAUCUUAGUUGAACUAAUGCUUUCCUGAUGCCUCAGUCUGCAAAUUGUAAGCUGUGUUUUGCCAAUAACCAGUCAUUAACCCUGUGUCACUGGUUUAUGUGCUGGGCUGCCAGUUUUGGAUUACAGCUUUAAUUUUACAGUUGCACAUUGUCAAAUUUCAGCCAUACCAGCAAUAUACCACACUCUACUAUUUGUCAACAUUAAAGGAUUACUGAACUUUUCUUUGCACAGUUUUUUUUUUUAAACACUUAGUCCAAAAGUGUGUAUUUGAGAUGUAUAGCAAUACUGUUUGACAGCUUUGAAUUCAAACUGUUUGUCAGUAUGGCCUUAUGUCAACACUCACCAAUGUGCAGAGCCAUGUCAGUAACGUGCACUGUGUAAUAGAAAUUUCUUUUAAUUGAUUCAAUAAAACUUGCACUGUUUACACUUGCAAAUUUGA